AUGAGCAAGAGGAGCCUGAGAAAUAAUACAUUUAUUAAAAACCACAUCAGUAGUUCUGCCUAUGGGUUUGAUGCUCAGGGGCCACACAGCAUGAGCUGGAACUUCGUGCUCCAGUUUAAGGGCCUCUGCUACUUCACCAAUGGGACGCAGCACGUGCGGGGUGUGGCCAGAUACCUCUACAACCUGGAGGAGCAGGUGCGCUAUGACAGCGACGUGGGGGAGUUCCGCGCCCUGACCCCGCUGGGGCAGCUCCUCGCUGAGAACUGGAACGGCCAGAAGGAGCUCAUGGAGCGGGAGCGGGCCUAUGUGGACACAGUGUGCAGACACAACUACCAGCUUGAGGCCCUCACUACCCUCCAGUGGCGAGUGGAGCCCACAGUGACCAUCUUCCCAGCCAAGACAGAGGCCCUAACCCACCACAACAUGCUGGUCUGCUCGGUGACGGAUUUCUAUCCAGCCCACAUCAAAGUCCGGUGGUUCCGGAAUGACCAGGAGGAGACAGCUAGCGUCCUGUCCACCCCCCUGAUUAGGAACGGGGACUGGACCUACCAGAUCCUGGUGAUGCUGGAAAUGACCCCCCAGCGAGGAGACGUCUACACCUGCCGCGUGGAGCACUCCAGCCUCCAGAGCCCCCUCACAGUGGAGUGGCGGGCACAGUCUGGAUCCGCCCAGAGCAAGAUGCUGAGCGGCGUCGGGGGCUUCGUGCUGGGGCUGAUCUUCCUGGGCCUGGGCCUUGUCAUCCGUCACAGGAAACAGAAGGGGCUCCUGCACUGACUCCUGA